CAGCAAAUCAUUGAAAUGUAAUCAGGGGUGGCAGUAAAGAGUAAAUCUCCAUCGUUUACAAGAUGCAGUCUAUAGCAAAAAAGAAAGCGUAAGUGACAGUUUUUUAUCUUCUUCUAAAUAAAAAUUAAUAGAGUUUUUAUUAUGUGAAAUUCUAGUGAUGGCAGAUGACAUUAAAAGAUGAUUCAAUGCUUCCUACAUACAUGUAUGUAGAUCUAAUAGCAUUCAGAUUACAAUAUAGUUAGUAGCACUUUUGUCAGGUUUUACCAUGAUUUGUAUAUAUUUCAAGACUUUCUAUCCUGAUAAAGUGAUACUAAGGAAUGCCUUUUUUCUGAACAUGGCUUAUGUGUAGAGGUUAUUUUAAGUGCAUUUUCCAGUUUCGAACAAUCAAAUGAUCAACAUUCUUAUUCUGUAACAGUAACCAAUAAGUAACUAAUUAUAAUAAGUGCUAUAGGUUAUAUAAUAGUAAUGUGAUUAUUUCAGUAAAUACGUAGGGCAUCUUAUCAAAUUUUGUGACCAUUGCAUUAUAGUGUUGAGGUGGUUGUAGCACACAGCCAAAAAUCACACACAGACAUACAUGUAUUCACCUGUUAAAAGUGACUUGUAUUAUUUUGUUGCUAUUGCUCUUACAGAGAUAUGAAAAUUGUCAUUCUUGGUGAUGCUAGUGUGGGUAAAACAUCACUGAUUCAAAGAUAUCUACAGGGAGUAUUCAAUGAAGAUAAAAUAAGUGUAGGUUUUUAUCUUUUUCACAUUAAAUAAUUUUACAACUUAAAAGUUAACCCUUUCACUACCAGUGUGAAUGAUAAGUCUUUUAGUAGUGAUUCUUACUGUUCAACCUGCUGAUUAAAUAUGCUACAACCCUUCAAAUGAUUAAUAUUGUCUUGUCAGGAGCAUUUUCUUUUGGUAGUAUAAUUUCUUUUUUCACCAUUGAUCAAAACAAAAUGAAAAUUGGGAGUUUUCUCAAAUUUUAACUCUGACUACUGUUUUCUGACCCUUCGUAAAAAGCAUUUAUAUUUUCAGCAACGGUUUUGAGCAUAGCAACAACCUUUCUAAGGGCACUGUGCGUAUUAUUUUCUGGAGAAGCCAACCUCUAGAGAUCUAAAAUCUAGAGACUGUCGCUUUUGACGAACCCACCCCCACUCCGCCCCCAACAUCAUCAACCAGCCCCCAUUCGAUGGGAAAAGUCGAUCCAGUCCCCAAAUUAUAACAUGGGUUUGACUCAGGAUAUUGGAUAUUGAAUACAGUCUUCUAUGGGGUACAGACCAUCAAAAUUUGCUUUUUAGACGAAAUAGUCUUUGUCCAUGUUGAAUAAAAAAUAAUUAAUUAAACUUUUUUCGGGAAAAUUUCAAAAUAACAGUGGACAAAACAUCUCAGAAAAUUUUCUUUAUUCAGGUGGGUUGAUGGCCCUUACAGGAGACUGGGAGACUAGUGCCACAUAUGGGAGACUCUGAAAUAAUCUGUUAGAGUUGUUAUAAUUAUUGGUAUAAUUGUGAUUUUUAAUAUGCUGGGUUUGGGAGGCAGAAGUAACAUCAUCUAUGAGUUGGGUUCAGUACUGCUGUGGAAUGUAUUGUUUUUGAAAGCUUUUUGUGAGACAGAUUGUUUUGCAAGGAUUUUUAUUUGGUGUCUUUAAUUUUGUUAUUUUUUAACAAUCACAUGCAAAAUACAAGGUGUUAAAACCCGUGAAAUUCAGUACCAGUAAGGUAAUUUAAGUAAAUCUACAUAGUUCCCCACACGGAGGUUUUGGAAUUCCUGGGUAAGGAGUGUCUCAGAGACCAAAAAAAUUAGAGGAUUGUAGUCAGGAAGCAGGACUGGAAUUUCCGCAGGAGUGAGGAGUCUUUCAUAGGAGAGGUAUGGAGAUGUUCUAGAACAAUACAGCUGAAAGGCUUGUCAUUGGCUAAUAAUUCAUCGUUCCCAGCUGCACAUACUUGUACCAAACCUAAAAUAAUAUUAGUAGAGUACCUCCCCCCUAGAGGAUUUUAUUCACAUUCUUUAAGAUAAAGCACUAUUAUUCUGAAACCUACAUUUCAUUCUGACAAGAUAUACCAUUCUUUUUUCUCAGACUCUUGGAGCAUCAUUUUUUCUCAAGCAGUGGGGACCAUACAACGUGGCCAUUUGGGUAAAGUUAUUGCUUAUUUAAAUUAAUAGCAUAAACGUGUCUAGGCUUAAAAUAUGAUAGGCCUAAGUGACUUUUCCAGCCAGUAACUUGACUUAAAAUAAAGCCUUCCUUUUAAUGUCCAUCACCAUACACUGUACACAGUAUGGAACAAAGUUACAGUAUACGGGGCCACUGGAGUUCACCCGUGAGAAACCUUUGAAGAAUGAUUCAUGCAGCUAUAGACUUCAGUAAGCUCUCUGUUGUUGGCCAAAAUUCAAAAUAAGUUCUUAGGUGCUUUAAGCAAAGUAUCAAGUUUUCUGAGAAAAUACAUUAUUAAGCCUAAAACGACCAAAUCUGGCCAUAAAAUGCGAAAUCGCGCGAAAAAUCGGCAAAAGAAGAUUUAUAGAGUUUUAUUGAAAUACCGUAAAAUUCCGAAAAUAAGCCCUGGAACUUAUAUUUUUCAAAGUCCCUUUUUGAGUGGCUUAUUUUUGGAGGGUCUUAUAUUCGGAGCGGCUUAUGUACGGAGGGAAAUUUGCAUUUCAAAAUCGACUGAACUAGCUUGUAGUGGGAAGGAAAUUUACCAUUUUUGCUUUGUUUUACUUUGUAUUCGAGGGCAAAUUUCAAGUACAAGCCCCCCGGGGGCUUAUAUUCGGAGGGGCGAUUUAACGGAGGGUUUUUGCGUUGCAAUUAUUUGGAGGGGCUUAUUUUCGGAAUUUUGAAAUGAUUAGUUCUAGAAAAUAUCCAUAAUUGUCCACUCCUUAUAAAACUGAUCGUUGAAAAUUCCAGGAACACUUGUGAAGGCAAAACCACAACGACAAACCAGUGAGGGUUCGCCGGUAUCUUUAGUAGAGCUGGAUCAGUAAAAUCUUGAAUAACCGGGGUGUAAACUGAUCCUUACGGCAGGAAGAGUGAUCUAAAAAUAAAGAAACAAAACAAAAAUAUAGUGUUGAAUUAUAUUUGCCCGAUAUUUCGGUUUGCAACGCAAACCCUCUACAAGGGCUAUAAAAGAAAAAUGAAUACAGAUAAAAGAUGAACGUUACAUAUAUAUGUGAGAUUUGAAUACACAGCAAACAGAAAAUGACAGGCCACUAAAAAGAUAAAUGUCACUAACUGAGUUCAUCACGUCUAUUUACACCAUGAGGUUCUAAAGUCAUAGCUUUGUCAAUGAAGUGAGCCUCGCGUCGUUGAUAGAGUGAUCGGCUUGAUUAUAAUGUUUGGAGACAGGAGUAGGAUUAGGAAAGUGGCCAUAGUUGAAAAUGGAGUGGCGAUGCUCGCCAAGACGUGAUGAGCGUAUGAAGCAUGAAUCUAAAGUUGAAUUGCAGAGGGUGGGGACUGGAAGAUUACAAACGGCAAACUUGCAGCGGUAAACCGUGAUUUAGCCACCUUAUCAAGGCUGUGUUCUAGCAGAGCCCAGUGGCCCAUGGCGCCCAACUUUUGUUCUUGGGCGACUGGAAAAUCUUUGCUUUUUCAUAGAAAUCAUAUGCUGGGCACACUGGAUUUCACAACUUCAGAGCACUGGGCUCCCUUUAAUUUUUCUUAGAGCACAGCCUUGCUUAUCACACUGUUGUGUUUGUUGGUCUUUUGCUAGGACACUGCGGGUGAAGAAAGAUUCUCAGGUUUGUCGUCAUUUUACUGCCGAAGUGCUUCUGCAGCAAUUGUAGCUUAUGAUAUCACUCAAGGAAGAUCCUUUCAAGUCCUCAAAGAGCGCCAUUUGCAACUACUGGAAGCUGCCGAACCAAACUGCCUUAUUGUUGUCGUUGGAACAAAAACGGACCUUGUGACAAGGGAUACCAGAGAAGUUCCUUCAUCUGCUGGUGAAAAAUUAGCUAUCGAGCAGAACGAAAGAAAAGGAAGGCCCAGGAGUGGUUUCAGUGUCCAUCCAUUUUUUGAAACGAGUGCGAAAACAGGCAAUAAUGUGGACAAAGUUUUCGAAUUUAUUUUGAACACUUGCUUACCUCUAGAUGAUGAAGAAACUGCUAGAAAUUCGUUACGUAAAAUGUCAGGUCUGAAUGUUGAACAGAAAUCACCCAAGUCACGUAGCCAUGAAUCUAAAAGCUGUUGUUAAAUGAAAAUUUUAAUAAGUCAAGAGCCUCGACUUCGCCCAUUAACUGGUGAACACGAUAGUUAGCUGCGAGUUUAUAUUUACGGAAAAAAUGGGGAAAGCGACGGGAAUACUGCAGAUUGUAUGCAUGUAUAGGUGUAUAGAUUGAGGUCUUUUAAAAUAAUGGGUCUUUUGCAGAAUACGUUCACAUGGUACAAAAAACACCUUGCUGGAUGGCAAAUGGCUAGUCUCCUUGACGGGUAGGAGAGAACCCUGGUAAUAAGGUUGGCCGGAGUCACGCAAGCUCCCCGCGCCCACGCCCUACGUGACUCCGGCCGGAGCCGCGGCUUCGAAGGAGACUAGCAAACGACGCACUAGGACCUUGAACUGAUGUAAUUUUUUGUUUUUCUUGUCUCCUACGUCGUUUUCCAUCCAGCAAGGUGUUUUUUGUACCAUGUGCAUUAUUGUAUUCUGUAAAAGGCCUAUUGAUAUUAAUUAAUUUGGUUGGCUUAAGGAGCUGUGUCAGGCAUUUUAUCCGAAUUCAGCCUUAAAGGAUUUGGCCAUCAAUUUGAGUGAAGUAGUAUAUUUAAUAAUCAACCCUCAAUUUUUUUAUACAUAGGAAAGCAAAUAGAAAAGAAGGUAAGAAUUGACAAAAAUGAAGAAGAAAAUAACACCGCUAACAAUCGGCAUAAGGGGUUUAAGAGGUCUACAGCCUGUCCGUUUCUUAAUAUCUUUCUCUGUUCUUCGCUGAGGAAGGAACAUUUGUUUGUCCUUAAGAUGUGAUUUUGUCUUUUACACUUUUAAAUAAAAGCAAAACGUCUUCCACCCCCGUCCCGCGAGUUUGUGGAGAAAGUUAGAAAUACGCUCGGAAAUCAAUCAAUCAUUCUAUCUGUAUUCCUCCCACUACUGCGCACUAACAAGCUAACAAGCUAACGAAACUGCCGCGACAAAGCUCCUGGUUAUAUUAUUAUGCGAAUGUUCAAUAAUUCAUGGACUCUAAAAGGUUUGAAUACUCCUCCUUUUAUAUAUGUAGUCCACCAAAUGUUAUUACAAUAGAUAAUCACACGCAUUUUAAUAAGACAGAUCGUUUCCAGGGAACGUCUUCUAUAGCCUUCUGCGUAGGCCUUUUUGUUAGGGGGGGGGGCGGAAACGACUCCCCUUAACAUCGACUGCUUGAGAGGCACAGUUUCCCAUGCUGAGCCGUUACUGUCACUUCUCGUUACCCCUCUAAGAAGGGGCGAGUAGGCGAGUCACGUAUCCAAGAGAGGAAAUUAUACUCUUAUUUCUGAGGUUAAACUUCCUGUAAUCAGCAUC